CUUCUGUUCGCCCUCUCGAUCAGCAUAAAAGAAACUUGGCACACCGGAACCUCGUCGGCUUAAUAAAAUUCCCCAGAAUUGUCUAAAAAGCCGCAGGCGGCUGGAUAUAACGUUGUCUUGUCUGUCUCUGCGCUAGCGGAUAGUCACAUCGUGUUUCGAAUAUUGCCACUGCCAUUUUCAGUUCUUUGCAGUCUAUGUCCCAGUAUCGUGAUCUGGGCGAGGGUUCUACUGGAAGAAUGGCUAUCUCAUAUGCUAGUGGAAUGACAGCCGAUCAUACUCCAGCCCUCCCUUCCUUUCGCGAGCUUCUUCCUCCUCAUCUUCACGACGAAAUUGAGUCGACAUCAUAUUUCUCCUCCCGCCAGCACCCACACACACGCGAGAGACCCCUUUCAGCCAGUUUCGAUCUGACGCCAACGUCCCGAUCUCUGUCCGAUCGCCUGCCUUAUGCCACUCCUUCCAAACUACCAUUGGCAGACGACUUCCGCAUCAGUGAGUCAAUUGGACGCGACAACAGCCCCCUUCAUAGCCGCCUAGCUGCAAACCCGCCUCAGCCCGCACCUGCCUCGACUUUGUUCACCUCGCGCGGUCCGAGUCCUAUUCUGCCGUCGAUCCGCGAUCUUCAGUCACUGCCUGAACGGGGCAUGUCUCCUUCCUCGGCUGCAUUCUCGGAAUCAAGGGGUCUGUCGCGACCCGAAUAUGCGGCACAAGACUUUCGCACCGGGCCUAUGAGCGGCCACGGAUUCUCUUCGACGAAUAUCUCUGGCCAUUUGGGUGAUCGGAGGAGUACAGAUUCGUUUAUGGGAGCCGCUGGGCCGCAUUCGUUGCCCAACCAGGUCGCAUACCCGUACCCCACGAUGGCUUACCAGAGCGAUUCAGAGCAAGUCACCCCGCAGUCGUUAUCACAUGCCCAGCAAUCCAACUUUGGCAUUCUUGGCGAUCCGAUCGACCCCAAGAACAAGCGCAGACGGGGGAAUUUGCCGAAGCCGGUGACGGAUAUUCUGCGCGCUUGGUUCCACGAGCACCUUGACCACCCAUAUCCGAGUGAGGAGGACAAGCAGAUGUUCAUGACUCGUACUGGCCUGACGAUUAGUCAGAUAAGCAACUGGUUUAUCAAUGCAAGGCGGCGACAACUCCCUGCACUUCGAAAUCAAAUGCGCAACGGUGGUAACGAGCUUGAUUCACAAAGACAGUCUCCUUUCAGCGACGUGGAACACACGUCACCCGAGUCCAUGCCGUCUCCGCACAUGGGUACGAAGCACUGAAAUGUUGCGACCCAAAUAAAUACGGACAGGAGUCUAUCGUUACGACCUUUAGUCACAUUUGCCACGAAACACAUCUGCUACGUCACGAGUUUACGGAGUCCCUCCGACAUUGAAAUUCGAAUCGACAUGAGAUUUUGCCGACAGUUGUUCUCUUUCCAUCUUUAUACUCUCUGAUAUAUUACUGAAUCUACGAGCCGAGCCGAGUGAGGUUUACAAGACCACUCUUGAUACCCUUUAACGCCUCAUAA